AUGAGCACCAAGCCCGGCCCCCGCAGCGUCUUCUACGAGGCGGACCUAACCCUCAUUGAGGGAGUCCAGAAGUUACUCUGGACCUACAACCAGGACCGCGACAUCGUCGGUAUCAUCCUUGCCAUCAAGGAUGGCGAGCUCACCAUCAAGCUCCCCUCUGACUUCCCGGAUUACAAGCGGGAAGGCCUCGAGAGAGAGGUGAGGAGGAUCAAGACGAUCCUCAAGUCCACAACCAAGUGGAAAUGCGUGUACAUGCCCGUCGUCGGUUCGUCCCUCGCAAGAGGAAUGAGGGGGUUGAGAACUUCCGACCGUCCCGCCCCGCCACCCCGCAUGAUGUCUGCCGCCGCCGCCGCCGCCGAGGAAGCUGCCGCCGCGCACCAGACCGUGGAUUUCGCGGGCGCCGCUAGCCGCACGGUCGUGUGUGACGGCUCGACCAACACCGACCCCAUCCCGGGCUUCUUCGCCCCCAUGCAGGAAGAGAGCGGGCGUUUGCGGAGGGAGCAGAUGGUGAGGGAGGCGAGGGACCGGGCGGAGAGGGAGGUGAGGAGGUUGGAGGGGGAGUUGCGGAGGGUGGAGAGGGAGAGGGAGAGGGAGAGGGAGUUGAGGCGGGGUUUGGAGGAGGAGAGGCGGAGGGAGAGGAGGCAGGAGAGGAGGGCGGGUCGUGAGGACACCCGACGCCGUGGCGAUUGA